CUUGCUACUAAUGAAGAGGAGGGAUAGAAUAGAAUUAAUAAAACGUAUUCCAAGAUGGAAAGUGCAGAAGGAAUGCUCAGAUCAUAUUUAAGAAAUGAAGCGGAUGUCCUUUCACAAGCUUGGACCUGACGAGCUGCUUGCUUCUGUUGCCGCUAGCAGGCCUUUUACCAUGAGCAAUUCUACUCCAGCUACAGCAAAUGGGAGUGGCCACAAGAAAUUUAAAGGAGACAGAUCUCCAUGCUCCCCUUCUCGUGUCCUUCAUCUUCGUAAAAUUCCAAGUGAUGUCACUGAAGCAGAAGUCAUUUCAUUAGGUCUGCCUUUUGGAAAAGUAACCAACCUCUUGAUGCUAAAAGGAAAAAGUCAGGCUUUUUUGGAAAUGGCUUCUGAAGAAGCUGCUGUUACUAUGGUGAACUACUAUACUCCUGUUACACCUCACCUCCGCAGUCAGCCUGUUUAUAUUCAGUAUUCCAAUCACAGAGAACUUAAGACUGACAACCUACCUAAUCAGGCUAGAGCCCAAGCUGCGUUGCAAGCUGUGAAUGCUGUGCAGUCUGGAAGCCUGGCUAUUACAGGUGCUCUUGCUACUGAAGUUGGGCUCCUUCCAGGUCAAGGUUCUGUUCUUCGAAUUAUUGUUGAAAAUCUUUUCUAUCCUGUCACUUUGGAAGUGCUAUAUCAGAUUUUCUCUAAAUUUGGAACUGUCUUGAAGAUUAUCACCUUCACAAAGAACAAUCAAUUUCAAGCCUUGCUUCAGUAUGCUGAUCCGAUGAAUGCACAUUAUGCCAAAAUGACGCUGGAUGGCCAGAAUGUCUACAACGCAUGCUGCACUCUGCGUAUUGAUUUCUCCAAGUUAACUAGCCUUAAUGUAAAGUACAACAACGACAAAAGUAGAGAUUUCACUCGCCUUGACCUUCCCUCUGGUGAUGGCCAGCCCUCCCUGGAGCCCCCUAUGGCUGCUGCCUUUGGAACACCAGGUAUCAUCCCCUCACCAUACUCAGGGCCUCCUGGAUUUGCUCCAGCCAUUGGCUUUUCUCAAGCUGCUGGUCUUUCAGUUCCUGCUUUUCCUGGAGCACUUGGUCCUCUUGGAAUGCCCACCGCUGCAGUGUCUGGACGGAUGACUAUUCCAGGUGUUACUGGUGUUCCGGGAAAUUGUGUUUUACUGGUCAGCAACCUCAACUCUGAGGCCAUCACACCACAUGGACUCUUCAUCCUAUUUGGUGUGUAUGGUGAUGUACACCGUGUGAAGAUCUUGUUUAACAAAAAAGAAAAUGCUUUGGUUCAAAUGGCAGAUGCGACCCAGGCUCAGCUAGCUAUGAGCCACUUGAAUGGACAGAGGCUGUACGGAAAGGUGCUCCGUGCUACCCUUUCAAAACAUCAGACAGUUCAACUUCCUCGUGAGGGACAAGAGGACCAAGGUCUAACGAAAGACUAUAGCAAUAGCCCUUUACAUCGCUUUAAGAAGCCUGGCUCUAAGAACUUCCAAAACAUCUUUCCUCCAUCCGCCACCCUGCAUCUCUCUAACAUCCCGGCUUCUGUUACUGUUGAUGAUCUGAAGAACCUUUUUGCAGGUACUGGAUCGACUGUGAAAGCCUUCAAGUUCUUCCAGAAAGAUCGCAAAAUGGCUCUCAUCCAGCUGGGUUCUGUGGAGGAAGCAGUCCAGGCUCUCAUUGCGCUUCACAAUCAUGACCUUGGAGAAAAACAUCACCUCAGAGUUUCCUUCUCAAAAUCUACAAUCUGACUCUUCUGUGAACUUUCCUUUUAAGACUGCCUUACAGUUUCAGUAAAACAGACAGAGACUGUAGCAGCUGUGACCAACUCUGACUCUGAAAGCAAAAGUUCAUUCUGAGUUUGUGUAUUCAAACAUGCAGUAAAGAAUCAAGGGAUGAUCUUUUCCAGUUUCAGCUGCCAGUAUGUGGUCCAAGUUUAAUAUUUCUGCAUAAAAAAGAUUCUCCUAUGAAAUUUCUUUAGCAACAACAUUUAUCAGCAAAUUCCCUCCUUAAAAUUAUAUUUUGAGAAUAUCCUUUUGGCUUUGUUCCAAGUUAACCUUAAACAACGCUUUUAGUUUUUUUUUAUAAUAUACCAAACAAAUAAUAUUUCUAAUGAAAUAGUAAACCUAUUCUAUAUAGAUAAAACACUAAUUUGAAUGUGAAAUAGUGCCUGGGUUUCUUGAAGAAAAGCGAGCACUGACUGUGAGUGUCCACUGAAUAGUAUUUAUCUUACUGCAGGAGUGUUUAUACUUCGGCAAAUCUUUAAAGAAGACUUUUAAAAAAGUGUGUGGUGUUCACAAGGAUUAAAUUAUUAGAGGAAAGGCAGUGCCUUCUCUCUGUGGAGUAAAAGAUAUUGGACAAGUUUCUUCAAGAUGUGGUAUCAGAGACUUAGUUUGACUUAAAAUUUUGGAGUUGAAGUUCCAUAUGGUAUUUUUACUAUGAGAGGACUUGAGAAAUUGAGAGAAGAAAAUAGUCCUAAUUUCAAAGAGUUUUAUACAUUUCUUUUAAAAACAAAAUGUUUACAAUCUUAAGGAAAAUAUUCAGGUCUAUCAUGGUUUUACAAAUUUUGAAGAAGUUACUUUUAGUAAGAUCUUCUUUGGGGAAAAAAAUUAAACCUCAGAGGUUUUUUGUACCACUAUAAUCUCUAAUACCUAAAUUACUGUGUGUUUACUUAAUUUCUUAUUACGUGCCUUACUAUGUGCUUAUGAUACAGUAGCUUAGAGUUUUAUCUGAAAUAUCUUGAAAAAUUUAUUGUAUGCUUGGUGAAAGUUUUCUUAUUGAUCUUUUUUUAAAAUGUUUUUCGUGCUACUUCAGAAAUGUUUUUUCAGUAAGUAAUACUCUGAAUUCCAAUCUCUGGUGCUUUGAUAUAGAGAUAUGGUAGAGUGGGAGUGAGGUUUAACUCUGCACAAUCCUGUAGGCUUCUUCAAACUCACUCAGUUGCAGUUGUCCUAAACUAAUAUGUGGCUGAAAAAAAAAAUUCAUUCCCAGAAAAAUCCAUCAGAAAAACCCUAUAUAGAAAGACAAAACAGCACAUUCAUUCCAGUUUCUAGACUUUAUUUAAUUUUUUGAAAGACAUUGGCUCUAUUCAGAAUAUUCUGUCUCAGGUUCCUGCAUUUUUCUUUCAGUAUAGAGCCUAAAUUAAUACAGACUAAGCAUUCCUCCUUCUGUGUAAAUCAAGAAUUUCAGUACUGACUGUCCAUUUCUGUUUGGAAAAUGAGCUGAGAUGCAGUUAGGGUUUUUUGUUGAAAAUAUAUGUGAAUAGUAGUGAUUUUUAAUUGCAUUUUACAAGUUAAAUUUCAUUUUAAGUGAUUUUUGGAGUUCAAUUUUUUAGAAUUUACUUACAAUUAAUCACCUUUUAAAGCGGUAUUCCUCUCACAGUGGUGGUUUACUUCCGCUUCUGUUUUCACAACUGCAGAAAUAGAGCUUUUCUGCUGUAAUGUUUUGUCAUUCAUUUUAGUUUUUUGUUAAUUUAUAUUUCAUACUUGUAAUGCCAGCUGUCAGUUAGGAAAUAGAAUUCUGAAGAGUUCAGUCUUUCUAAAAGAAUGAUCAUCUUUCUAGCAAGAGCUGACUAUCCUCAUGUAAACAUCUUCAAAUUUUCUCUCUGAUCUUUGCAGUAUCAGAGAGAUAUGGGCUUGCCUUCUGUUAAUGACUUAUAAUUAAAUUAUAAGUGCAGCAGGCAAUCGUAGUAAUGAAGUUGGCAGACCUCUGUACUGCAAUAGAAGCAUGCUAUUUAACAAUAGAUAGAAUAUCAGACUAAAUACAUAAGUGGAUAUAGCCGGUGCUGUGCACCACAAAUAAUUAUACAGAAUUGUAAUAUUUACUGGAAAGUUUAAAAUGGCUUAAGUACAAUAGAAGAUGUUGUAUUUGGCUUUUGUGAUAAUCUUUCGGUCUCCAAAAUGGCUGAUUCAGUUUGAAAUUUCAAACCAAUUUUUUGGAACUAAGCAAUUCUGUGGUGCCAAAACAAUAUAUAUAAAAGUAACAUUUUUGUGUGAUUUCAGCAAAGUGCAGCAGUACAUGAGCACUUUCAUUUGCAGAUAGGCCCUUUUUCAGCAAGAUAUUUAAUUCAUGUCUGUGUUUAACCUUGUUAGUAGUCACACUGAUACCAGUUCAUAACGCGUUAAGUAUCUUGCUGACUGGAAAUAUCCCUUGUUAGUGCAUGCAGAGUGGUUUGAUAAUGGUAGAACAUUCGCAGAAUCGCAGAACAGUUGAGGUUGGAAAGGAACCUUUUAGAGAUCGUCUAGUCCAACCCCCCUGCUCAAGGAGGGAAAAGCAUUAUCCAUAAAAUAGGGUCUGUCAUUUUUUUAGAGGACUGCUGCUACAGAUGAAAGGAAUUAUAUUUGUUCUGAACGUAACUGUAAGGCAGGUAAAAGCAACGUUAAGAUUGAGAAUUAAUACUGGCAUAUAUAACAUCAGGAGCAGUGCAUGUAUACUGUCAGUGUAAGAUGUCAUAUUGGCAUGCCAACUUGUGCAUUACAUGCAUUUUAAUUUAUUGAUUCUGAUAGCAGAAGAUGGAAAUGCUUGAACAAAUCUAAAGGGAUGAAGGUAUCUGGCAUUCUGUUGGAGAAGGGAGUAAUUUUUCAAUUUUAGAAUAUUGAUAAUGAAGGCUCUUAAUUGUUUGCGGUUUGAGUUGUAGAGGCCUACAGUUUAAGUUGGUGGAGAUUUAUGAUUUUUUUUAGUUUCAGAAAAAUCUAGGUGGUAGAUAUUUGUGAUCUUCUGUGUGCUUUUAGUUUUGUUAGGUUUAUCCUGUAUCGUCUUGUAAUCUUCUUUUGUUAUUGUAAUUCUGUAACUGAAUUAUCCUUAUCAACUUAUUUUUAGAUUUGUGUACAUCUUAGAGACACCGUCUCUUAGGGAGAUACCUGCUUUUUCAAGAGGUGCAGACAAGCUUCAAAAACAGCAGAACAUCUUAAUGUUUUGCUUAACAGAAAGAUUAUUCUAGCUAAGGCUAGUUUAUCUCAUUCAGUCUUCUGCCUUGAAUAACUAAAAAUGAUAACUUCUUGUUUGUUGUAAUGCCCUAUUAGUAAGAGAUUGGGAUGAAAAGGAGUAAUUCUUAUUUUGCGCUUAACUCAUUAGUGCCUGGCUGCAAAAGCACAGUUGCAUCUUAGUUCUUGAUUGCCAAAACCAAAUUUGAGUAGACUCCUUGAUAUCUGUGGAAAGAGCGGGGCUUCGGAAAGACAGUGAUUAGUCUACAGACUGUUAGAACGAGGUAGGUCAGGAAGGAACCUCUGGAUGUCUCUAGUCCAACCUCCCACUCCAAGAAGGGCCACCUUAGAGCAGUUACUGAGAGAAUCACUCAGUUAAGUUUUGAGUAUUUCCAGGAAUGAAGAUAUCACAACCUCUCUGAGCGACUGUUGCAAUGUUCAAGUGCCCUCACUGUGGAUUUUUUCCCUAAUAUAUAUAACCAGGCUUCUCUUAUCACUGUGCAACUCCCCAGGAAAGUCUGUUUCCAUCUUCUCCAUGCUGUCCCAUUAAGUGAUCAAAGACAGAUUCAUAAUUUCUUUUAAUGUAGAUUCUUAAUUUCUGUUUUAAUCACUUAUGCAAUAGUUGGUAAUGUGCAGGUAUUGUGACCCAGAACUUGUACUAUAAAGCACUAACGCUCUCAGUGGUUAAAUCCUCACAACAGGUACCAGAAAUGCCUGAGGGUAUAAUUCUGUUUCCUAUUUUGAUCUAAAUGUAGGGGGGAAAAAAAGUUUUAAUUAGCUGUGGUGUUCUAACAAAUAGCAAAAUCCUCCUCUUCUCUCUCUUCCCUCUACGUGGUCUUGAAUUCAGAGUUCUCUGCCUGUGUAUUUGGGAAGUCCACACUAGCUCUGGGUUACCUUCAGCCCCAUUUUUUCCUUGAUUCAAAGUGCAGUAAGGCUUUCUUAACAACCCACGAACAACUUAGUGCCUUUUCAAGUGUCCUGUGAUUUGUUGCAUAAUGAUAAAGCUUUUGCUUCUCUCAGUUUUUUUCUGAAACAUUAAUUUGUAAUUUGACUUGACUGCCUUGUCUGCUGGUCCCACUAAUUGCACUUUUUAUGUGCACAGAUAGAAUGGGGCCUUUUUGUGCCUAAUAUAUUCCAGAGAUAGCCUUCUGAGGAUAUUUGCCCAUGUGGCAUUUUCUGAUCUUAGAGGACAAGCCUGUGUUUGUAUGUUGAUUAAAUUGUACCGGCAUGGAGCUUGUGAAAUCAGAUAUCUUGCACUCCCUUGAUGUUUUUAAUUUGAGCUGGGAAUUAAGAAAGCGAUUUUUUAAUUUUAUUUUUUCCCUGAGCAAUGUGGACCUGUUACUCACCACUGUAAUGCUACUAGCAUGUACUGCUAUUUUUUAAAUGAGAGGGCAACUGCUUAAAAAAAAAAACUUUUUUUUUUUUUGCCUUUACCUUUUGUCCUAGUUAUGUUGUUAACUAGAGUAAAACUACCAGACUGAGUUUUUACUGUUGUGCUGAAAGGAUUCAGAGUGCACACAUUUUUUCUUUAACUGUUGACUCUUAAUUGUCCUGUGAAAAUUUGUUUAUUAUAUACUGGCUGUUUGCCAGCUAUUUUCAAAGCAAAUCCUAACAGGAAUUGAGAAUUAUUUCCAGAAAGAGUUGAAAACCUCUGAACUAUUUAAUUUGAGGGCUUUACCAGGUGGUUGAGGGCAUGAGGUGGGAGGACAAAAUGGGACCAAAGCUGAUGUGCCUUCAGUAGUCUUACAUGUAGGGUUUUUUCAUAUCUGUUGAUGUCUUAAGUAUAACAAAUACUUUUUUUCCUGGAAAUUUUGUAUUGAUAUUGUUAAAAGUGAAUGGUCUCCCACUCACUGACAUACAGUGAAUUGCAACUGUUUUAGAACAGUUUUAAUUAUCCCUUAUGCCUUUAUGAUGGAAAUAUUUUUUGUAUUGCAAUAUGCAGGAAUUCAAGAAUAAUUCACAUACUGCAAACUUAGGACAGUGAUAACAGGUUGCAACUGGAAUAGUCCCCAAGAAGUGAAAUACUUUUGUAGUUGAAGGUCCUUGACAGAUGAAGAAAGUUCUUACCUUAACAGACUAAUGUCAUCACUAAAAACAGUUUUUCUGUUCUUGGAAACUGCAUAUUUAUGAUGAGUGGGAAUCUACCCACUAUGUGCUAGUUCCAUUUUAAGCACGUUGUAAUUCUGUUUGGAUAUGUUAUCCACUUUCUGCGAAAGUUCACCUCAGAGCCACAGCAGCACAAGUCUGAGGUUGCUAACCAAGCAGAUUUUUGCAUCAGAAUUUCACCUCAUUGUUCUGACCAAAGACUAUCCGUGAUGGUUUACCUGAGACAAUUCUGUGAAAAUUUGUUUUCUCUCAAGCUCCUUUUUGAAGGGAAGACCAAAUGUAAAGUUGCCUCUAUUUGAGUCUACUCUUGGUAGAUGACCACUUAAUGGAAAAUGGGAUCUUAAUAUGAACCAAAUGGUGUGGGAAAAGGCAAGGGGUUAAUGGACUACUUUUAGUACUGUAUUCAAAACACAUAGCAUGGCUAGGAAGUGCUGACAUUUCCUCUUUUUACAUAAUCUAUUCGUAAACGUCUGUUUUCAUCUACUGUUCAGUCCGUUCAUCUAACACAAGAAAGUGCUGUAAAUAUUUUUAACCUCGUUUUUUUAACCUGCAAAAAAGGGUUUUGCAGAUCAAGUUAGUGUAAAAUGUUUUUUAUAUAAAAACAUCAGUUGUCUUGUAUAUUUUGAUAAGCAACAGUACAAGCUUUCAUUUGUAAAGCAGCUUGUGGCACUGGAAAAAAAGGAUUCCGUGUCUGUUGAGAUGACUUAUAUUAUAAAUGCAAAGAUGAUGGAAUAUUAAAGAAACCUAUUUUCUAACUGUGUAGUGCAUGGUUAAUUUGAAUUUGUGAGUACUGCAAUAUAUUCUGUUUCUUCCAAGUUAGUGCAUUUGCUGAUUACUUGGUGUCUAUACCUAACUCUCCCUAACAGCUCUAGUUGUUGUAGCAUGCCUUUUAAUAAAUGUCAUUACAUCU